GCCUGUUUCAGAGAGGGUAAGAGAGGUCAGGCGAAGAUGGUGUCGUUGAAGUUGCAGAAGCGGCUCGCCGCAAGCGUGCUCAAGUGCGGAAGAGGAAAGGUUUGGCUUGAUCCCAAUGAUGUCAAUGAAAUCUCCAUGGCUAACUCCCGUCAAAACAUCAGGAAGUUGGUAAAGGAUGGAUUUAUUAUCAGGAAGCCAACUAAGAUCCACUCCAGGUCUCGUGCCCGUCGAAUGAAGGAAGCCAAGAGAAAGGGUCGCCCUUCUGGAUAUGGUAAAAGUAAGGGUACUAGGGAUGCUAGGUUGCCUACUAAAAUUCUUUGGAUGAGGAGGAUGAGAGUGCUUAGGCGUUUGCUUCGCAAGUACAGAGAGGCUAAGAAGAUUGACAAGCACAUGUACCAUGAUAUGUACAUGAAAGUCAAGGGAAAUGUCUUCAAAAACAAGCGUGUGCUGAUGAAAAGCAUCCACAAAUCAAAGGCAGAGAAAGCCAGAGAGAAGACACUUUCUGAUCAAUUUGAGGCCAAGAGAGCCAAGAACAAGGCUAGCCGUGAGAGAAAGUUUGCAAGGCGAGAGGAACGUUUUGCUAAGGGCACAGUGGAGAAGGAAGCACCUGCUCCAGCAGCAGCUCCCCAAACCCAAUCAGCCCCACAGGUAACUAAAAAAUCAAAGAAGUGAAGCCUUGGAUGCGUCUCUCACUAGUUAGAGGCUUUGCAUUAUGUUUUCUGAUCCUUAAUUGCCAUUUUUGUUGUUUUAUCAUGAUUAGAAUAUUUGUGAUUUCCGAACUUGUGAAGUUUAUAACACCUUGGUAUUAUGUUUU